AUGGCGCCAUGCUCGAGGUGGGAGGGGCGAGUGAAGGGAGACGCGGAGGAGGAGAGCCAGCAGGGACAGAAGGGCAUGGCAGACAACGAGGGCUGGGAGGAGCCGGAAGACUCAGGGGAAGGUCCUAGCAACCGCCCGCCCCUGAAGAGGAGGAGGUGGAUCCCCGACGAUGGCGAUUUGAGGAUAGAAGCUUCUCAGAGCGAAGGCCUCACCGACGAAGAGCUUGCUCGCAUGCUGCAACAGCAGGAGGACGAGGCGGCAGAGCUUCAAAGGAUCCAGCAGAGGCGGGAUGAGGAGAUCGCCCGGAGAGAGCAGGAGAUGUUCAACAACGAAGCAGGAUGGACAGCCACGCCGAAACUGAAGAGAAAAACUCCUCAGCUGCUCGAUGAGCUUCAAUCUGCAUGCCAGACGGCCGGUGAGAAUGGGGACACACAAGAAGAUGGGCCUUUGAAGGACGACGAAGAGUACGCCAAGAUAGUACAGGAGCGUUGCAACAUGGAGGCCAGACUCCAGGAGGAGAAAAGGCUGCGGAAACUCCACGAGGCUACGGGAUGGCUGGGAGAUCUGAGCGAUCGCAAGCUACGGGAACGUCCUCAGAGAGUCGAACCCCCCAAGGAAGAGAGGAAAGCGCAUCCAUCGGGUGGGAAGGGGGCGAGCACAAAUCGUGCGGAUCCUGCGAAGAAGGAUGGCAAGAAGGCUAAGAAGGACGAAGAGAUGUGCAUGGAUGGACCGGCGAGCAAGACUGUGAUGAAUGGGAAGCUGAAGAAGAAUGCAAAGAAGAAGUUUCCAAGAGCUUGUGACUCACCCAAGGCUGAUAGCAGCACGCAAGAAUCAUCGCCUGGUGGAACUGACGAGAACCUCCUUGGUCGGGUGGUAUUUUUCCGGGGGAAAUAUGGCAGAAUAAUCCAGAGAAUGAAUCCUUCGAAGCUCCUGCAGGAGAUGGAGAAUGGCCUUGAGAUGGAAUGGUCCAAUCUGAAACCUUUGCACAUGGACAAGAACGGACAGAUUGAAGGCUGUGUGCUGCCAAUCAUCGGGUUACUGUCCGGGCUCGCGCCGGGCGUUCUUGGGUCUUUACCUGAGUACAAACGAAGAUAUCCUGCAUGGCAGUGGGAGGACAACGUGUACUGCGAUCGGAGUCCUGGGGAGUUGCAGUUUGAAUACUACAAGUUUGGAGCGCUGUCGUUGCAGUGUGCAGAGUCGGCCAAAGAACGUCAAGCGUUGGCCUCCAGAAUCGCAGCAGCCAGAGUUGAAUUCUUGUCUUUAGAUUCGCCAUACAAAGAGCAGCUGGCGAAUGGCUCGCAGUACAAGGUAGAAGUUUUCGACACUAAGACCGAGAGGGGAUGGGGCGUGCGAGCUCUGGAGGACAUUCCAGAGGGAAGAGCCGUGCUAGAGUAUGCUGGGGAGCUGUGCAGGAAGGAUAGGUGCAGGAGGGUGUGCGAGGACGGUCUGUUCCACGUGGGCAAGGAAGAGAGCCUCUCUCUCCCGUCAAAGGACGAUUCGCACGAAGUAGCCGAGAAGAGCGACGGGUCCUGGGAGUCAUGCGAGGAGUCUGACUCUCCGCCGAGACUGUCUCCGAAAGAUUAUUACUUCCAGCUACGGGGACACAGAUGGGAUGUUGAUGCCUUGAAGAUCGGGAAUGUCGGUCGCUUCGUGAACCAUGCUUGCGAUGGGUUCAACCUCAAGGCCGUUGACUUCCUGGCGAGCGCCAACGACAUCAAGUCGGAGAUGCCCAAGAGGAUCGCGCUAGUGUCGACCCGCACUAUCUUCGCCUACGAAGAGUUGUCGUACAACUACAGGGGCGAUGGUUGCAAGCCAAACGUGCGGACCCAGAAGUGCUUCUGCGGCUCUCCGUCGUGCCAGGGCUUCAUCUGGUGA